AUGGCAGAACAACUCACCGAUGACCAGAUCUCUGAGUUCAAAGAAGCCUUCAGCUUGUUCGAUAAGGAUGGCGAUGGUUGCAUCACAACAAAGGAGCUUGGAACCGUUAUGCGUUCUUUGGGUCAGAAUCCUACUGAGGCAGAGCUCCAAGACAUGAUCAACGAAGUAGAUGCUGAUGGAAAUGGCACCAUUGACUUCCCUGAGUUCUUGAACCUCAUGGCUAGAAAGAUGAAGGACACUGACUCUGAAGAGGAGCUGAAAGAAGCGUUCCGAGUGUUUGACAAGGACCAGAAUGGGUUCAUUUCUGCUGCUGAGCUCCGCCACGUGAUGACCAACCUUGGGGAGAAGCUCACUGACGAAGAGGUUGAUGAGAUGAUUCGAGAAGCUGACGUUGAUGGUGAUGGCCAAAUAAAUUAUGACGAGUUUGUUAAGGUCAUGAUGGCCAAGUGA